GCGCGUUACGCCACGGAUGCGCUCGGAAAGGCCACGGAGGCGAGUCAGUUGGCAGAGAAGGCCUUUGAGAAUCUCAACGCAUCAUUUUUCAGCGCUGGGGGCUCGCAGGGAAAAGCUGCAGGGGCGGUUGCCGAUGCCAACAACGCCGUGUCACACAUGGAACCGACAGGGGGCGAUGAAGACUACGCUGGUGCCGUGCCGCUGUGUGAUUCCGCGGCUGCAAGUGCCGAAGCAACAAAGGCACUCGCGCAGAAAUUCGGUGCGGAGGCUGCGGAGGCGAUUCGCUUCGCUCAUGACGCACUCCUGAAGAUCAACGAGGCGACUCCGCUUGCUGGCGAAGCAUCGAAGAAGGCCGCGG